GCUGAGCAUAAUCUCGAGACCAUAUUUUUAUUUAUUUAAUUUGUUUUGUUUUGUUUUUUAACACCGGACUGUAUAUUUCACGGUGUUCUCGAUUUGGAUCACUUGUUAUCGAAAUAGAAAAAUAGCAAACAAAUAAAUAUAAAAAUGGCAAUCAAUUAUUACAAAAAGGUAUCAAAAGAGUUUUUGUGUGAAUACAAAUAAACAUAAAUCUUAAUUUUUUAUAAACAAAAAGUAUAUGUGCGCAUAGACCAGUGAUUUAUAGCCUUCAGGGUAUACCUAUUUAUACUUUCUAUAGUACAAUAGCAAUAAAGUCUUGUCAAAAGUCUUAAAUAAACAAAAGCUCAAGCAAACAAUAUGUCCAACGGUAACUGAUUCGAUUUGAAAUUUAAUCAAAAAACGAUAAGAGAGUACCUUAGAAUAAAAUAAACAAAACGUAUAAAAGUUCCAAACUAUUUAUUCACUCAACACAGUAUUUUAAAACCUUCAGAAGUCUCAAAAUGGCAACAAAUACGGUUCUUGUUGUUGUCAUUGUGGCAGCUAUGGUGGCAAGUUCGAAAGGAUUCCGUUCGGAUUCGGAUUAUUCGAAGAUGUACAAUCGAAUUCCUGGAUGGCGGCCAGUUCCGAAAUUGCAGUGGAAUUUCAGCGUAGAGCUUGAUCAGCCUCUGAAGCCGAACGAGAAAAUUGGUAUAACUGGUGAUGCGGACUUCCUUGGCACGUGGGCACCCGGUAAAGCUCUCAUUCUGAAUAGGACAGACUUAGCAACGAGAUGGUCGGGCAGUAUUCGGUUUCCGGCGAAUUCGACUGUGAACUAUCGGUAUUUCAUAGGAGUGGUGGAUUCGAUUGGCGGAGUGCAGAUUCGUAAAUGGGAAACACAUUUGAAUGGCCGGGCUCUGAAGUUGGGAGCUGACAACAUCGUAACCUCAGACCGAUUUGGUUUUGUCGACGAGCGUCGGGAAGUCAACCGAGGCUGGCUGAACAGUGGGCACAUUUUGCAGUUCAAACUCUUUCGGAAUCCCAUCCAGCUAAACGGUUUGAAUGUGGAUCGAAGAAUUUUCGUGAAGGUAACCCCUGUGGAUUACGAUUGGAGUGCAAAGGAAAAGCUUCUCACGCCCAUUGUGGCCUCGGGAAGGGCAAAUAUCGAAUUCGUUCGUAUGCAAUAUGGAAACAGCAAAAUUCGUGAUCAACCGGAAUAUGGUGUUCCCUUUGAGAUCGAUGAUAUCUUGAUUUUCCACAUUACAACCAAUGAUUUGAAGAAUGUUGCCUACAAGUUCACUCUGUAUGUGCAAGAUGAAAGGAAGCCCGAAAUGAUCCACACUCUCGGUUAUCAGUAUUUGUAUCCGGAGGCAAUCGACGGUACCGAUGGCAGCACUGAGCUGGUCCUUAUGUCUGCUAAUUGGCUAAGUUCGAUAGGGACCAUCAAGAUUGGUUAUUUAUUGAUUAAGCCCCUGUCUACGAAUGAGGUGAAUUUUAAGACGACAUUUGCACACUACUGGCGAAAAAAUUGGACAGCACUGGAUGCAGGUCAUCGAGGGUUGGGAAAGAGUCUUAAACUUGCCGCAGAAGCGGCUCCAAUCACAGAAAACACUGUAGCUGCUAUGAAGGAAGCAGGUCUUCAGGGUGCUGAUAUUGUCGAAUUUGACGUCCAGCUAACCAGUGAUCUUCUUCCCAUCAUCUAUCACGACUUCUUUGUGUAUGUCUGCAUGAAUGCCAAGACGCCAACGAGUAAGGACGACCUGACUCAGGUGCUGAUAAAGGAUCUAACUUACGAGCAACUUAAAGCACUCAAGACCUAUCAGGUAAUCGAUUCGAAGAUAAUCGAAUAUCCCGCUCACAACCUCGAGCCUCGAGAGGAUUACCGUUUGUUUCCGCUUUUCGAAGAUUUUCUCACCAAAAUCGAUCCUACGAUUGGAUUCGAUAUCGAAAUAAAAUGGCCGCAGCUCCGUUCGAGUGGGAAAUACGAAAGCAUUCAAACCAUUGACAAGAAUCUCUACGUUGAUCGAAUUCUCGAUGUGAUGCUGCGCAAGGGUUGUGGUCGUUUAAGUUUCUUCACCAGCUUCGAUGCCGAUGUGUGCACCCUGUUGCACUUCAAACAAAAUAUGUACCCAGUGAUGUUCUUGGGACCAAGUACGACGAACGCCUACGUUGACCCACGUUCGGAUAACCUAAAACAAACCAUCAACAAUGCCAAGGCAAUGGGAUUGUUUGGAGUUGUUCCACAUUCUUCGAAUUUCGUCAAAGAUGGCAGCCUAGUGAAAUUGGCAACCGAUUUGGAUCUGAAAGUUUUCAUUUGGGGCGAUGACAGUAGCAGUACGGAGAUGGUGGAUUAUUUCAAGAGUUUGGGACCAACUGGUGUGGUUUAUGAUCGAAUUGAUCUAUGGGUACCUGAGGGAAAGGCAAAUGUUUUCGGUCAAGAGGAAGAUUUGCCGGAAUUCUUUAAGAAACAGUGUUCAUAUAGAAAUGCCACUGAGGCUAUUAGUAUAUAGGAUUAUGUUUGUCGAUAUUGUAUAGGUUUAUUUUUAAGUGUUGAUGUUUAUGUUUGAAUAAUAAAUAAGAAAAUCGAAAUAAUUUGGAAAAGAA